AUGUCCGAAUUAAAUUACGCUAUUUCAUCACGUAAAUCCACCGCAUCCGGUCUCGACAACAUCUCACCGGUUAUGUUAAAACACCUCCCUGCUAUUGCAUUAGAAUCUCUCCUUGCCUUAAUGAAUAAUAUUCUUUCAACCCAACAAAUUCCGCCCUCAUGGUGCUCCUACAAAGUCAUACCAAUUGCUAAACAAAAUUCCAAUACCUCUUUUCGUCCUAUAGCACUCUCUUCCGCAUUAUGCAAGAUAUUUGAACAUAUGCUUAAAUCUAGGUUAGACUGGUGGUUGGAAAACAAUUCAAUCCUACCUGAUAAUCUUUUUUCCUUCAGGAAAGGAAGGGGUACAACCGAGUGCCUCUCAUCUUUCACAGGAAACAUAUACCACUCCCUUAAUAACAAAGAGUUCUUUGUAGCUACCUCCAUUGACAUACGUGGUGCUUUUGAUUCAGUCAACAUUGGUACUCUAAUUUCAUAUCUCAAAUCAUUAAACGUUCCUCAACAAUUCAAUAAUAUACUGAUCGCUUUGUUUAAUAAAAGAAACCUCGUUUUCUCCUCGCCUUUUGGUUCAUACAAUUCUCGUUCCACUUUCACUGGACUACCACAGGGUAGUUGUAUAAGUCCAAUACUUUUCAACAUUUAUAUGAGCAUUAUCGCUAAGCACCUGACUAGGCUGGGUCAUAAGUGUCUUAUAUACGCCGACGAUAUGGUCAUUUUUACCUCCAAUAAGUCUAUUGAUCUUGCUAUUACUCUUCAAAAUCAAAUUCUUAACGACCUAAAAGUUAUUCUGGAUAAGAUAUCAUUCGUAGUCGCCCCAGAGAAAUGUAAAUCCAUCAUUUUCACGCGACGUAGAUAUCUAGAUGCCCAAAAUAUAUAUUUCGAUAAUAAUAUUAUCCCCUAUGUUCCCAAUAUCACUUAUCUAGGUAUCAUCUUAGACGCCAAACUACGUUGGAAACCACAAAUUACUUCUCUCUCAGCUACUGUUUCCCGAUGGUCCAACUUCCUCAGGUCGGUAACUAAUACCUGGUGGGGUUCCCACCCUUCUAGUUUAUUAAUGAUCUAUCGUACCCUCAUACGGUCCAAACUAGAUUAUGGUUGUUUUCUUUACGUCUCAGCAUCUUGCUCAAAUUUAAACAAAAUAAAUAAACUCCAAAUCUCCUGUCACAGAAAUAUCAUGGGUUACCUAAGAUCAACCCCCUGCUCAGUUAUCGAAGUAGAAUCAGACAGUGCUCCCUUUAACAUCAGAUGCCGAUGGCUAGCCAGUAAAUUUCUUUUAAAGCAACUUGCUCACUCCAAUAAUCAUAUUUUUGACAUGUAUUACUCACUAUUCCUCACUUGGCGAUACGUUCCGAAGUCAUUACCAAUUCUCUCAUUAACAGCUAACUCUCUUUCAAAUUUUCAUCAAUACAUUCUAAACUCCACCAAACUCCCUCUUUAUGAACAAUCAUAUGAAUCUUUACUUUUUUCUCCACUUGUUAAAACUGAAAAUAAUUUCUCCUCCCUAUCGUCCAACGAUCUACAAGCCAUGCCUGUACCUAUGAUAAACAAAAUAUUCACAGAUUUCCUCAAUACCAACUUUAGUAAUCAUAUAAUAGUAUAUACAGAUGGAUCUGUCUCACCCCUCUCAGCAAGUUUUUCAUUUUAUAUUCCUGAACUACAUAUCUCUUUUACAAACAAUUUACCCCCUUCUUCGUCUUCCUUCACCGCAGAAUGUUAUGCCAUCAUAGAAGCUCUAAUUCUUAUAUCAAAGUUGGCUCCUAAUAAUUAUCUAAUAGCUUCCGACUCCUUGUCCUGUCUACUAGCUCUCAAAUCCAACCCCUUCAAUUCCCUUCCUUCCCCUCUAGCUCUCCGUAUAAAACAUGUUACUCUCACACUUCACCAGUCUAAUUAUUCCAUUCAAUUCCUGUGGAUCCCUAGUCACAUAGGAAUUUAUGGAAAUGAAGUAGCCGAUAAUCUAGCCAAAUCUACGUCUUCUUUAAUUUGUCCUUCUCUUACCCAACUCCCUCAUACAGACUUUACGCCUACUAUACGUCAUCACAUUAAGCACCUUUGGUCCUCCCAAUGGUCAAAUUUCCCAGAAAAAUUUGCCGCUAGAUAUAAACAUAUAGUUCCCAUUAUUCCACAAAAAAUCUGGUUCAACAACCUCCAUUUAUCUAGAGCAACUAUCGUCCAAUUUAACCGCCAACGCUCAGGUCACACAACCCUGCCUGCUCAUGCCUACAAACUUGACCUAAAUGAUUCCCCAUUCUGCACCUUACACAUAACAGAAAUGCCCUGUGAUCUUUCUCACAUCCUUUUCGAAUGUCCUUCUCUAUACCCAAAACGCACUACUUUGUUUAAUUCCUUAAAACCCCUUAAUAUCUCCCCUAAUCUAUAUUCUAUUCUCAAUUCUAAUUCUGAAACUGUCAUUAAUUUAAUAAUAACCUUUAUUCUGGAGGCUGGCUUUAGAAUUUAA